AUGGUUAGAUUAACAUACACCACCGCCGCAAUAGCCAGCGCCACCGCCCAAAUUCCUGGCCUUUUUCUGGUCAUCUAUUUCAGUCCUCCACAUAACUAUCCAUCGUCUUCUUUUUCUGAUGAGGAAUUGCUACGGCACAAAGGUCGUCGUCAAGUCAGCGCUAUCAUGAUAUUUCUCUUCACUUUCAGUAUGACUUUCCUGUCCUUUGCAUUGAGAAUCAAGGAUGAGAGAGGCAACAAAAGCGAACACGGAGACGCAUGGAAAGCGAAGACAUGUGCGGAGCUUGUCAUCGUCAAAACCGCACUCAAAAAGGAGAAAGAACGAGUAAACCGUAUCGAACAAGUCAUGGAGUCGCUUCAGGCACAAGUUGGUGUCUUGCGAGCUAGAUUGACAGUUAGAGAUGCAGAAGCUAGGAAUAAAUCCACAAGGGGACAGGCAAUGGAGGAUGAUCGCCAAAGGCAAACUGAAAUCUUGGUAACGAGAAUUAUAACCCAAGAGGCAAAAAUGAAGGAGGUUUGGGAGAGAUUAGAUGAGAAUGAUAGUUGUCACGAUGCUAUCGGGGUGUGGAUUGAAAAAUUGAAAAGCGAAGGAGAGAAGACAAAGGAGGAGCUCAGGAAAUUCGAUUGUGUUGAUAAAGAGAUAAAUGCAUUGUAUCAAUACUUGGUAAAGGAAGCCAGUAUAAUUCGAGAAUUCGCAAACGGUGAUCUCGAGAAGUUCAGAGUAGAUAUAGAGACUUUCAAGCGUUGUUGCGCAGAGGAUUUUCGAAGGAUACAUGGUGAUAGGCUAAUUAGAGAACUGGUUCUAAGAGAGGAAAUUAAAACUGAAAUCAAAAAUGAUUUGAGAAGAGAACAGGAGAUGAGGGAAGAUACAGCUUCUAGAGGAGAGAGCUCAUCCCAAAGAAACGCUGAGCCUGUAGAGACAAGAGUCAAUCAAGAAGUCGUGGGAAACACGGGGGGCGAUAAGAAACAAGAAGCAGAUACAUCGGCCAAAGCCAAGACGCCAAUCCAAGAGAGAAAAUCUUUCCUUCACAAAGCUCUUGCAUCUGCCAUCCAGUCCUCCCUCGAUCAAGAAAGAGAUGCUGAAAUGAAAGAUCUCGAGCAAGGGAAAGAUGAAGCCAUGAAAGAUAUCACGCACGAACUCAAAAAUAGGGCUGAGGUUGAGGGGGAAGGCAAUAAUCCGGACGAGGAGUGGACUGAGCUUCGAUAUUAG